GAUUGUUUAACAGACGGAUGAGUCGUGAAGGGGGUUGUAASCUGAAUAUGAAUGAAUGAAACAAUGUUUUUAAACGCUGAAGUGAGUUUGGAUAUUAAUCGCUUCCUCAGCUACAURGCUCUGAUGUCCAGAAUGUCAWCYUUAUUUAAKUUUUAAUAUCCAGCUAGCGAGCUAGUGUUAGCAAUAUUUGUUAGCUUCUCUGCUCUACAGAGAAAUGUAUUUUCUUUACACAGUUUUUYCUUCUUUAGGCUUAUUUUUUAUGUUAAAAUGGAUGAAAAAGAGGAGAUAUUUCACGGAGCUAAAAAGACUUGAUGGUAAAACGGUUSUUAUUACAGGUGGUYAUUCUGGUGUUGGUAAGGAGACAGCUGUUGCUCUGGCCAUGAGAGGCGCCCGUGUCAUCAUUGCAUGCAGAGACCAGAACAAGGCAGAGACGGCUGUAAGACAGAUCAAACUCAAGAGUCACUCGCUUGACGUCUUCCACAUGGAGCUGGAUUUGGCCAGCCUGCGCUCGGUAAGGGACUUCUGCAAGAACUUUCUCCAGAGGGAGAAGAGGCUCGACAUCCUGAUCAAUAAUGCAGGCGUGCCCGGUGUCCUCGACUGGACAGACGACGGCUUCAGCAUGUGUUUAGGUGUCAACCACUUGGGCCACUUCCUCUUAACUAACCUGCUUCUGCCUCGACUGAAGGAAUGCGCCCCCAGCCGGGUUCUAACGCUCACAUGUUCCAGCUAUAAAUAUCAGAAACUGGACUUCCAAGACUUGAACUACAACCUGGUUCCCUUCUUCACCUACUGCCGCAGCAAGCUGGCCAACAUCUACUUCAGUCAGGAACUGGCCUGCAUCACUGAGGGAAAAGGAGUCACAUCCUGUGCCGUGCACCCUGGUUUUGUGCAGAGCAGCUGGACGGUCCACUACUCGUUCCUGUUCAGGAUGCUGAUGCAGGUGAUCAUGUGGAUGUUUUUUGUGUCGUGUGAGAUCGGAGCUCAGACCGUCGUUUACUGUGCCAUGUCAGAUGAAGCUGCCAAACACAGCGGAGGAUACUUUGUUGACUGCCAGCCGGCCACUUUGAGGCCUUUUGCAAGAGACGCCGGCGUGGCAAAGAAACUGUGGGAGGCCAGUGAGAGACUGGUGAAACUGGUCUGAUGCUGGAGCUGAGGAACCUGGAGCCUCUUCACAAGUUAUCAACACUGAGAUUAUUUAUUAGGAUUUUAUGUUGGAGUUUAAACAAUAAUGAAUAAAAAUAAAAUAUUAAAAGAUG